ACUAGCGGGGCGCCUUGAUGAGGCGCGCCCAGAACCCACAGCAGCCCGCGUCCCGCUCCGCGGUGGAAGAGCAGACCCGGAGGAGAUGCCGCGCGGGAGGUUCUGCCUGGAUGUCUGAGGCUGUGUAGAUGUGGCUGGCAUCCCUGAGAGUGGAGCAGGGGUUGCAGACCAAGGACUGAAAGAGGGGCCUUGGACAGGACUGGCCAGCCUCCUGCUAAGUUCCUGGAACAGACUGCAGCUCCGCCCGGAGAAUGAGUGACGAGCCGGUCCCCGAGGCGGCCUCCCCGCCGCCCGCCCAGGGCCAGCAGUACUUCGACCGCUUCUCUGAGGAGGAGCCUGAGUACCUGCGCCUCCGCGGCCGGGCGGCGGACCUGCGGCAGGACUUCAACCUGAUGGAGCAGAAGAAGCGCGUCACCAUGAUCCUGCAGAGCCCUUCUUUCAGGGAGGAGCUGGAAGGCCUCAUCCAGGAGCAAAUGAAGAAAGGGAACAACUCCUCCAACGUCUGGGCUCUGCGGCAGAUCGCAGACUUCAUGGCCAGCACCUCCCACGCAGUCUUCCCGGCGUCUUCCAUGAACUUCUCCAUGAUGACGCCCAUCAAUGACCUCCACACGGCCGAACCCCUGAACCUGGCCAAGGGGGAGCGGCUCAUGCGGUGCAAGAUUAGCAGCGUCUACCGGCUCCUGGACCUCUACGGCUGGGCCCAGCUGAGCGACACCUACGUCACGUUGAGAGUCAGCAAGGAGCAGGACCACUUCCUGAUCAGCCCUAAGGGAGUUUCUUGCAGUGAAGUCACAGCAUCCAGCCUGAUCAAGGUGAACAUCCUGGGAGAGGUGGUGGAGAAGGGCAGCAGCUGCUUCCCAGUGGACACGGCGGGCUUCUGUCUGCACUCAGCCAUCUACGCGGCCAGGCCUGACGUGCGGUGCAUCAUCCACCUGCACACGCCGGCCACGGCAGCGGUGUCAGCCAUGAAGUGGGGCCUCCUGCCUGUCUCCCACAAUGCCCUGCUGGUGGGCGACAUGGCCUAUUACGACUUCAAUGGGGAAAUGGAGCAAGAAGCUGAUCGCAUCAACCUGCAGAAGUGCCUUGGACCCACCUGCAAGAUCCUGGUGCUAAGAAACCAUGGGGUGGUUGCUCUAGGGGACACCGUGGAGGAGGCGUUUUAUAAGAUCUUCCACCUGCAGGCUGCAUGUGAGAUCCAGGUGUCGGCUCUGCCCAGCGCCGGGGGAGUGGAGAACCUCAUCCUGCUGGAGAAGGAGAAGCACCAGCCGCAUGAGGUGGGCUCUGUGCAGUGGGCGGGGAGCACCUUCGGGCCCAUGCAGAAGAGCCGGCUUGGGGAGCAUGAGUUCGAGGCCCUCAUGAGGAUGCUGGAUAACCUGGGCUACAGAACAGGCUACACGUACCGCCACCCCUUCGUUCAAGAGAAAGCCAAACACAAAAGUGAGGUGGAGAUCCCGGCCACCGUCACAGCCUUUGUGUUUGAGGAGGACGGUGCCCCGGUGCCCGCACUGCGGCAGCACGCGCAGAAGCAGCAGAAGGAGAAGACCCGCUGGCUCAACACGCCCAACACCUACCUGCGCGUCAACAUGGCCGACGAGGUCCAGAGGAGCAUGGGCAGCCCGCGGCCCAAGACGACGUGGAUGAAGGCUGACGAGGUGGAAAAAUCCAGCAGUGGCAUGCCCAUACGGAUUGAAAACCCCAACCAGUUCGUGCCUCUCUAUACCGACCCCCAAGAAGUACUGGACAUGAGGAACAAGAUCCGAGAGCAGAACCGACAGGACGUGAAGUCGGCGGGGCCUCAGUCCCAGCUCCUGGCCAGCGUCAUCUCUGAGAAGAGCCGGAGCCCGUCGACAGAGAGCCAGCUGAUGUCCAAGGGCGAUGCAGAUACCAAAGACGACUCAGAGGAGACGGUGCCCAACCCCUUCAGCCAACUCACUGACCAGGAGCUGGAGGAGUACAAGAAAGAGGUGGAGAGGAAGAAACUGGAACUGGAUGGAGAGAAAGAAACUGCCACAGAGGAGCCUGGCUCCCCUGUGAAGUCUGCACCUGCUUCUCCAGCACAGAGCCCGACAAAGGCCGAGACAAAGAGCCCCGCCGUCUCUCCUUCCAAGUCCGCAGAGGAAGAUGCUAAGACAACAGAGACAAGCAAAGACACCACAGAGCCCGACACAGUCCAGCCGGAAGGGGUGGUGGUGAACGGGAGGGAGGAGGAGCCGUCAGCAGAGGACCUCCUGAGCAAAAGCCUGGGCCAGAUGACCACACAGGCUGACACGGACGUCGAGACCUCCAAGGACAAAACCGAGUCAGUCACCAGCGGCCCCAUGUCGCCCGAGGGCUCCCCUUCCAAGUCUCCUUCCAAGAAGAAGAAGAAGUUCCGAACCCCCUCCUUCCUGAAAAAGAGCAAAAAGAAGGAGAAAGUGGAGUCCUGACUUGGGGCACCCACGGGUCCCGUCUAUACCCUCCUCUUCCUCUUCCCCUUCCUUCUCCCAUCUCUGUCCCUGGAAGCGCAGGGCCAGGACGGGCGAGAACUGGACCCUGGAUCACACUUGGAGGGGGACCUGCCGUCCGCCUGGCCAGUCCCACAUUUGACAGUCACCAGAGAAACCAGGUGACUUGCCCAUAGUCAACAGCUGGUUGGCAGCAGAGCCUGCACUAGAAUUCAGGGCUCCUGACUCCCAGUCCAGUGCUCUUUCCACUAAACAACACUGCCUAGUUGUGGGCCACCUUUGUCGGGAUGUUGCCCACCAAUCUGAGCCCAGGGCAAGAAGGCCAGAAACGGGCUGUGAGCUCGCGAAGGCUGCGACUGAGUCAGGCCAAGGCUUCCUGAGUAAGGUCCUUUUCCAUGCAGGAAUCCAGUCUCCUGGUGGCAAAUCAAUUUCUCUCUCUCUCUCUCUCUCUCUCUCUUUCUCUCUCCCUCUCCCUCUCCCACCCUCCCUCUCUCCCUCUCUCCCUCUCUCCCUCUCUCCCUCUCUCCCUCUCUCCCUCUCUCCCCCCAUUCAGAAAUGUCUCCUCUUCCAUUUUGGGUCCCUGCCCUGCUGCUGAAAGCAACCAGACAGAUUGACCCAUCCCCUCCAACAGAAGUUACUCUUUGUUCCCAAGGGCUGAUGGCUUCGCUUGUCCUUCCCCAGACACUGACCCUGAGCUUGCUUCAUGGAACCUCUUGAAUGAUGGACAGAACCGUUGGUAGAGUUGGCAGACACGAGGGCAGGCUGAGGAAGCCUGAGCCCCAGGGGCUGUUGAUAGAAGACACCAGGAGCUCCACCCAUUGGAAUCAUGCAUCUCAGGCGCCUCCUAACGAAAACCAAAUUUAGCAUAGGACAGUUGCCUCGUGCUCAGGGCAGACAUUUGGAGAAAUUGAGAUCGUUCGUAGGCUUUGGGUUGUACAGGGGAGGUCAGAAGAGCAGAGGAAGCACUGUGCCUGCCACGUGGGGUGCUGUAGUCAGUGUCGGGGGGCCCGUCCUGCCCUUAGGCCCAGGAGCACCUGCUCACAAGCCACGGCAGCGUCUUACUCUCGGCUCCUCGCCCUGGCUCCUUUGGUUCCAACUCUGCGCCACUCUGGUCCAGCAGAGGGGAGCCACAGAGGAGCCCUUUGAGACUCAUCCUCUUGGCUGUCAGAGAAGUGGGUGGGUGUCCCCAGCCCUGGCACCCUCUGACCUUCCCGGGGCCCGAGAGAAGCCGCCAGUGUUGUUUCAGGUGCCAGCAUUGUGUGUUCGUCCACUGGGCACCCAUGAGUACCGUGGGCUCCUGACAGUUAGACAAUCCAUCCUCCUUAAAGCACAGUGUCCUCAAAGAAUAUUUUCCCUUUUUGUCUUGAUUAUUGUAAAAAUAUUUUUGGAACUUCUUAUCGCAGUUCACCCAUUUUUGAGCAUUUUCUACACACAGACACUGUGCCGGUUUCCCAUCCAUCACAUCUUUUAGCCCUCCUGCUAACCCUGUGCGGCGGGAAGUGUCAUUCCCAUUUCAUGGGUGAAGACAUGGAACCGUCAGCAGGAUGGUUGACUUGCCCCAGGUGACGUGGAUAGAAAGACCCAGAGCCUGCAUUCCAGAUAUGGUGAAAGGACAACUUUAAUCCCCAAGUAUGAUUGGGCCCAGGACUCAUUUCUGAGACUGGUCUCCACUCCAUGAUGUUAGCCCUUGACACUGAGGUAGCAGCAGCUUGCCUGGGUCUGGCUGCAUCAGGCACCUUAAGUUUGUGAUUAACAUAGACUUUGGCAAUGCCAGCGUGGAUCUCUGCAAGGGCAAGGCAGAACCUGUCGCCCUGUCACCCUGCUGUUUCUUGAGAAGAAAAGCAUUGAUAUGUGGCCAAGGCAAACCUAGGACUUGUAGGGCAGACUCCUGGCUGCAACCCCAGGCUCCGUUCUCAGCUCUGCUUCUUGAUUGGGUCACAUCUCCUGGUGGACAGCCCAGUGGUCAGAGGCCCUGGUGCCUCAGAAAAAUCUAUUGUAUGGGACAUGCCUUUAGAAACCAAUCCUUGGAUGCCUUCUUAAAAAAGCAGAUUUCACGUUUGUUCAUUCGGCCUUUCACAGUAUUUGUUAAGCAUCCACUGAGCAUCCCGCAUUGUGCUGACAUGACAAGAAAGCAGUCGUUGUGACUAGAGUAGUAAGCGGCACACAGUGUGGAGAGAAGGGUGGACUGGGCGUGGCCUCUGUGUAGCUGUCUGUGUGUGUGUGUGAGUGGUUGUGGUGCAGACAGGAUAUGGAGUGACAGCAUCUAACCUGCUCUCUGUUCCCUUUGUAACAGUGCGACAGGCGGCAUUGAGGUGGAAAUGUCGGGGCCUUGCCAUGGGGCCUCUGCACACUUAUCAAUUUGUCCAUUCCUGGUGUAAGAAUAAAAGGCAGGCAUUGCAGUUGGGUCACGAGCCAGGCACAAGGGUAGGCCAUCUUCUUCCUGCCCUUAGGAAGCUCAUGACAACAGGAGGCACGCGGACAAAUCACAGAACAGGUGAGGGUGCCAAGGCAGGAAAUGGUGAACUGUCUUGGAGACCAGAUGAAAAAUUCCUGAAAGGACUGAUGGCUGAGCUAGGUUUUCCAAACAAGGAGAAAUUUUCCAGGAGAAGAAAAGGGUAGGCAGGGCGUCCCGUGGUGAGAGCAGGACGCACGCAGAGGCCUGGAUGUGUGGGACUUCAUGGUGUGUUCCGCGCGCCGUCGCCAGAGCACAGAGUGGAAGGCAGUGGGGGAGCUUCUCCUUGCAGUGGACAGACCAGUUCCUGGGGAAACUUGUAGGAAGUGUGAAGGAGCUGGGCUUUAUCACGUAAGGGGUUGGGAGCCACUGAGGGCGGUUCCUCAGAGUAGAAUCAUGAUUAGGCUUGGAGACAAACCCUCUGGUGACUGAGCGAGAUGGACUGCAGGGAAAGAGCUGGGGGCAUGGGAGGUCUGAUGAGGGAUUUCCAACGUCAACACUAAAGCAUAUUUGAUGGCCCACUACAUGCUGCAUUGUUCCAGAAUUCAUUUCCAUAAAAUGCUUUGGAUGGAGCAUCUUCAGAAAGGCUCCUGGCGAGGAGAGGGGAAUAUUGGGUAACUGUGGGCCAUUCUCCCCGUCUCCUCUUCCCUUGGACGCACAGGCCAUGGCAUGCUUAGCUCCAGGCUCAAGGCUGCAUGCCAGGUGCUGUAAGAUGGAUGUGCGGUUCCAGCAAGACCUCAGCUCUUGGGGUGAGAGGAAGGGACAUUUCUGUGGUUCUGGAUAAAAGUUGGCUCUAAGCUUUGGGUUGUACAAGUGAGUAGCUGGAGAAAAUAUAUUCGAGAGCUCAGAAGUGGUAGGCAAUGGGUUUGUUUCUAAGUGUGUUGCUGUGCUUGGAUAUGCCACAGACAAGAGAUAGGACAUUUUGAACGAAUCUCCCAAUCUGUGGCUGGCUGAGCAGGGAAGUGGACAGGUUGUGGAGCCUGUUUGCAUGGAAAGAUGGCAGGGGCAGGGAGAAGAGAGGGGUAGAUGUGACAGAGAGGCUUGGCCUCAGCGACUUUCUGUGUGCUGUUGGUUGAUUUCCAGUCCUGGCGUAGGGGAACCAGCCAUUCUACGGGACCUCCCCCAAAGCCGCAAAAGGCUGGGCCCCUAUGAGCCUCCUGGCCUGCAGGUGACUCAAGUAACUCUGUAGCCAGGUCGUCCACAAGAAAUGACCCACUCAACACUGCAGGAGCCAAAAUGAGCUGCUCGCGCUGCGUGCAGGUAAGAUCCUUGUAAAGGACUUGGGCGAGGAGCAGCAGGUCCUAGAGGAGGAACCCCACGGUGUGAAGCACUGCCAGGCACCACGCAUUCAUGUGGGCUGAGCCUUGGGUCCUGUUCCCUGUGGGGGUCUGUCUCGCUCUCAUGCUCUCUC